AUGACUCCGAAGAAAUUCAUCUUGGCUUUCCUCACGAACCAACACAUCGAUUUGGCUUUACGACGUGGAUGCUGGGGAACCAAGACGGGCUGGACAACAACGUUGGAGCUUAUUCAAGCGAUCAAGCGACUUGCAACGAAAUUGAAGGCAAGUCGAUGCCUAUGGAGGGAGUUUAUUCUACAGGAGGCUAAAACCUUUGUCAACAGCAAAUCCCCCAAGCGAGGUGUAUUUCCGAAUGGCGCUUACCAUAACUCGCGAACGGUUCAUGAGAAUUUUUUUGCUCGUCAAUCAAAAGACGACCGCGACUCCAAGCUUGUGACAGAAGACAUGCCGUUUCUAUAUGAACUCAUUUCGUCAAAGCUUUUGAAUCAAAUAAAAAAAAAACCUCAAGAAAGUUCAAACAACGAUUCCGAGGAUGAUGAAUCCACCUCGAUCGACUCUGAAGAUAGCGAUGUAGAUUUAGCAUUCAACACUGAAGAUGCUUCAACUGUUGAGCCUGGACGCGAUCACAUUAGGAAGGUAUCCAAGAACAGACAAGAGACACGAGCACAUAUGACAGCAAAGACAGUAUGUGCAAUGGUAUCAUUUGGAGAGAACCGAAGGGCAAACUCAAUGCAGCUCUAUAACUCAGUCGUAUUCUUGGCCUGCGGAGUGACCGAACGAAUCAACAGCUACCUUCACUACAUUGGACUUACAAUGUCGCGGAAAACAGCACUCUCAGCUCUCGAUCGAUUGGGUCAUCAAGCAAAGAAGAGAAUUGCUCAAAAACUCUCUGUCUCUGCAAGAAAACCUCUCUCGCCCCUACUCUGCAUCGACAAUAUCGACUUUGAGGAGCGCGUUCAUUUCAAAUCAGUGGAAAAGACUAGCCACAUGUUCCAUGGAACAUGGGGCUAUGUUCAUACCCUCGAUCCCAGUCUCAUCCUUGAAGCCGACCCAGAAGAAUUCUCAAUGAAUCAAUUCCAGAAGGCAAUUAAAGAUUCAGUUAACCUCAAGAUAUCACCAACAAUGUUUCUCCCAACAUUCGAAGAGGAAUCUCACUUUUGUAAUGCCAUCAAAAGUCAAAUUGCUCAAGUUAUGAUGUCUUACAUAGCAACAACAGACAAUCCAAAGAGCUCAAUUCCACUCGAGCCACCUUCGAUUGAUCAAAUACGUGCUCAAAAGCCAGACAUCGAAAUGUUUGAACUAAUGUUGGCAUCCGAUAACUGCGCCGAAGGCAUUGGCGAAAUCUUGACCGAUAUCAUCAAACAAACCAAUCUGACUCCUGACAAAUUUUUCUCACAGCUGCAGAUCGUGGACGGCGACCUUGGUACUCUCCAAAACAUGGAAUGCUUGCGAGGCCAAAGAAAACCAAGCGGACACAAGGAAGAUAGCCUUGGAAAUAUCUUCAUGCUUUUGGGGGCUUCUCAUACCCUAUGGAAUAUAGCUCAAGCAAUCUAUCUCAAGCAUUUUGGAAACAAUAAAACUCAAGACGACCUUGGUGCCUGGAGGACUCUUCAAGCCCUUGGACUUCCCUCAGAAAAACCAGCCGCAAAAAACAACUUCACUCUUAUGCUUACAAGCAUCCAGAAGAUUCACGAGGUCACUCUUAUCCAUUGUUUACUACUUGUCAUGGGAAUCCCUCAAACCAGCUUACCAAACGAGAAGAUCAAGUUGAAAGCAAAAUCAAUCAACCACGUUAUCAACUUAUGCUAUGAUCGAUUCUUUGGCUGCACUCAACUCAAAAAGGCCAAAACUUUCAAUUCUCCCAAAUUGUUCAACCUCAUGACUCGAUUACGUGAUUUUGCUACAAUAGUUGAGGCUGAUCAAUCGAUGAAGGCGGGAGUGGUCGAUUGUUAA